AUUUAAAUUGGGUUAACAUUGAGAACACAUAUACUAAAAGUAAAACUGGAAAAUGAUUAAGUCCACGAUAGACGCGAAUGAGCUAAAGCUCUAUUCCAUUAUUGUCUUUAAGCAACUGGCAAUGGAUGCCAGCAAGCCAGAACAACAGUUCGACGCCGUCCAGGCAGCCCGAAAGCUUCUAUCCUCGGACAAGAAUCCACCCAUCAACGAAGUUAUCCAGAGCGGCAUGUUGCCCAUUCUGGUCGAAUGUCUGAGAAACCACAAUCGCCCAUUGCUCCAAUUUGAGGCUGCCUGGGCGCUAACCAACAUUGCCUCUGGCACCUCAGAUCAAACCAAUCAGGUCGUCGGCGCAGGCGCAGUGCCUGUCUUCGUCCAGCUGCUGGGAGCUCCCGCUGAGCGGUUGCGCGAACAGGCCGUUUGGGCCUUGGGUAAUAUCAUCGGCGACAGUCCCUUGUUGUGCAGCUUUGCUGUCAAUCACGGCGUGGUCCAGCCGCUGCUGUCGUUCGCGAAACUAGAUACAAAGCUUUCCUUAUUGCAAAUUGUCGUCUGGGCAAUCGUGAACUUGUGCCGCAGCAAGGGUCAAUCGCUGCCAACCGGCAACAUUCACGAGAUUCUGAACGCACUCAAUGUGCUCGUGGAUCACACGGACACGAACAUCCUGGUGGACACGGUCUGGGCGACUAGCUAUCUGACCGACGGCGGAAGCGAGCGGAUACAAAUGGUGAUUGAGAGCGGAGUGGUGCCCAAGCUGAUACCUCUGCUGGGCAGUGGCGAGGUCAAGGUACAGAUAGCCGCUCUGCGUGCUGUGGUUAAUAUAGUGUCUGGAUCGGACGAUCAGGCACAGGUGGUGCUCAACUGUGGGGCGCUCUACUACAUUACGGUCCUGCUCUCCCAUCCCGAUCUGAACAUACGAAAGAAUGCGGUCUGGUUUCUCUCGAACGUCGCCGCAGGCAACCAGGCACAGCUGCAGGCCAUCAUCAAUAUGGGACUCGUGCCCCAAAUCAUUGAGAACUUGAGAAGCGUUCACUUCAAGAUGCAGACGGUGGCCUCCUGGGCCGUUAGCAACGCGAUCUUAAUUGGCAACCGCGAACAGGUCUACACACUGAUCAAGGAGGGUGUCGUUGCGCCGUUCUGUGAUAUCCUCUCAUGCCAGGAUACGCCAGUUAUCAUGAUUGUGCUUGAGGCACUAGACAAUAUGCUCAAAUCGGUCGCCGACUCAGAUGUGAAGACGGUGGCCAACUUAGUUGCGCAGUGUGGGGGUCUGGCCAAAAUUGAGAGCCUGCUAGACCAUCAGGCUGAGGAAAUUCAUACACGGGCUCAGGACAUCAUCGAUCAGUACUUUACGGACUAGGUCCAAAACAGCAACACACAGCCAACACAACACACAAAUUUUGAUGGAUUUGAAUUUAAAUAUACGCUCUCUUUAGCGUUUGUUCCGACUGCCUAUAGUGAUGGAUAUAUUCGCCCUUUUAAAAACGGAUUACAAAAGUGACUUCUGCCUAUAUUAAAAAAUCUAUGGGUAGCGCAUUGCA